CAUUCCAGGAAAUCAAGUGACUACAUUGCAGCUAUCUUGGAGCUCAGCUUCCUUGUUGUGCAGCGGAACAAUAAUGUGUUUUACCAUUUUGACUGGGUUUACUACCUGACAUCCCACAGUCGCCGAUUCCGCAGUGCGUGUGACAUUGUGCAUCGUUUCACAGCAAGUGUGAUUCAGGAGAGACGAACAGCACUUAACCGCUUGGGCCAGAAUGCCUGGCUCAGAUCACAUCAGGGCAAAACCAUUGACUUCAUUGAUGUUCUGUUGCUGGCCAAGGAUGAAGAGGGUCAACAUUUGUCUGAUGAAGACAUCGCAGCUGAGGCUGACACCUUUAUGUUUGAAGGCCAUGACACUACAGCAAGUGGCUUGUCCUGGAUACUAUACAAUCUGGCUCGACACCCCAAGUAUCAAGACCAGUGCCGGGCAGAGAUUCAGGAUCUGCUGCAGGGACGGGAAACAGAAGAAAUUGAAUGGACAGAUCUCUCCCUCAUGCCCUUCACCACCAAGUGCAUCAAGGAGAGCCUGCGCCUGCACCCUCCAGUCACAGGUAUAUCUCGAUGCUGCACUGAGGAUGUGAACCUUCCUGAUGGACGAGUUAUCCCUAAAGGGAAUGUCUGCCUGAUCAGUAUCUUUGGGACCCAUCACAAUCCUGCUGUCUGGCCAGAGCCUGAGGUCUAUAACCCACAUCGCUUUGAUUCAUCUGCCUCAUAUUGUCCACUGGCUUUUGUGCCCUUCUCUGCAGGACCCAGGAACUGCAUUGGGCAGAACUUUGCCAUGGUGGAGCUGAAGGUGGCCCUGGCGCUGACCCUGUUGAGAUUUGUGCUGCGGUUGGAUGAGAGCCGAGCUGUACGGCGCCAGCCACAGCUAAUCUUGCGGGCAGAGAAUGGGCUGUGGCUGCACGUGGAGCCAAUCCAUGCUGAAUCUUGAUCAGAAGUUCCACAUGGAAGAUUAAAGUCUCUGCUCUUCAACCUGUAGUCGAUAUUGUAAUGUGCCAAGAGGACUUGUGAUCAGAGAUGUUCUUUGCUUCCAGUUUCGUGGAGAGCAGGAUAGAUUGUAUUUUGCACACAUCUUCCCACCAGUGUGCCUGUGCCCCAUAGUCUACUAAUUGCUGCUUAGCCCUACUUUAUUGCUUUGCUACCAUGAAGAUCACCAAGAGGUAUUCGAAAUAAAAUUGAAGUCAUAUAAAAUGA